CUUUUCUAACCCAGUUCUCGCGAGCUCUCAGACUUCUCGCGAGACCCGACGCCCGACUUGUGCGCCCGGGAAACCCCGUUGCUCCCUUUCCCCUGGCUAGCAGCGCGGAGGCCGCACGAUGCCCGGAGUUACUGUAAAAGACGUGAACCAGCAGGAGUUCGUCAGAGCUCUGGCAGCCUUCCUUAAAAAGUCCGGGAAGCUGAAAGUCCCUGAAUGGGUGGACACUGUCAAGCUGGCCAAGCAUAAAGAGCUUGCUCCCUACGAUGAGAACUGGUUCUACACGCGAGCUGCUUCCACAGCGCGGCACCUAUAUCUCCGGGGCGGCGCUGGGGUUGGCUCCAUGACCAAGAUCUACGGGGGACGACAGAGAAAUGGUGUCAUGCCCAGCCACUUUAGCAGAGGUUCCAAGAGCGUGGCCCGCCGGGUCCUCCAAGCCCUGGAGGGGCUGAAAAUGGUGGAGAAGGACCAGGAUGGGGGCCGCAAACUGACGCCGCAGGGACAGAGAGAUCUGGACAGAAUCGCCGGACAGGUGGCAGCUGCCAACAAGAAGCAUUAGAACAAAUGAUGCUGGGUUAAUAAAUUGCCUCAUUCGUAA